GCCUCGUUGCCGUGACAACGGCGGCGCCUGGAGGCAGGCCGGAGAAAGUUCCUAUAGGCCGCUCUUCCCCGCCCCUCUCGGCGACCACGUGACUAUCCUCCGGCAGCCGCUCUUCCUUCAGCUUCCGGGGAAGAGUCGGAUCGCGAGGGAACCGGAGGCGGGGGGAGUAGUUGUAGUAGUAGUAGUAACGGUGCGCGGGCAUGUCGACCAACAAUGUUGGCUACAACGAGCAGGCCGGGGACGCUCAGCCCGAGGUGGGCCAGGAAGCGACACCUACUACCGCCUCCUCCGCCUCGACGGCCUUCGGGCUCUUCAGCAGCGACACCAAGAAAAAUGAAGAUUUGAAGCAAAUGUUGGAAAGCAGCAAAGAUUCUGCUAAGCUGGAUGCUAUGAAAAGGAUUGUUGGGAUGAUAGCCAGAGGGAAGAAUGCAUCUGAAUUGUUUCCUGCCGUAGUGAAGAAUGUAGCGAGUAAAAAUAUUGAGAUUAAAAAACUUGUAUACGUAUACCUGAUGCGCUAUGCAGAGGAGCAGCAGGACCUGGCAUUGCUAUCAAUUAGCACCUUUCAGCGUGCUCUGAAAGAUCCUAAUCAGUUAAUCCGUGCAAGUGCUUUGAGAGUUCUAUCCAGCAUCAGAGUGCCAAUUAUUGUUCCGAUUAUGAUGCUUGCUAUCAAAGAAGCAUCAGUUGAUUUAUCACCUUACGUUAGAAAAAAUGCCGCCCAUGCAAUCCAAAAGCUUUACAGUCUUGAUCCUGAGCAAAAAGAACUGUUAAUUGAAGUGAUAGAGAAACUUCUGAAAGACAAGAGCACUCUUGUAGCAGGAAGUGUUGUGAUGGCAUUUGAAGAAGUCUGUCCAGACAGAAUAGAUCUGAUUCACAAGAACUACAGAAAACUCUGUAAUCUGUUGGUGGAUGUGGAGGAAUGGGGACAAGUUGUCAUCAUCCACAUGCUGACUCGAUAUGCACGCAUGCAGUUUGUCAGCCCUUGGAAAGAGGAGGGAAUUCUGGAAGAGUAUAGUGAGAAGCAUUUCUAUGGAUCUGAAGAAGAGCAGAAAGAGAAAAAUCAGGAAGCGAACAAGCCCUAUUCUAUGGACCCAGACCACCGAUUGCUUAUACGAAAUACAAAGCCUUUACUACAAAGCCGGAAUGCUGCCGUGGUGAUGGCAAUUGCACAACUUUAUUGGCAUGUGGCACCCAAAUCUGAAGCUGGGAUUGUUGCUAAAUCAUUAGUACGUUUACUUCGUAGUAACAGGGAAGUACAGUACAUUGUUCUCCAGAAUAUAGCAACGAUGUCAAUCCAACACAAGGGCAUGUUUGUGCCUUACUUGAAGAGUUUCUACGUUAGGUCAACUGAUCCAACUAUGAUCAAGACAUUAAAGCUUGAAAUCUUAACUAACUUGGCAAAUGAGGCCAACAUUUCAACUCUUCUCAGAGAAUUUCAGACCUAUGUGAAAAGCCAAGAUAAACAAUUUGCUGCUGCUACAAUUCAGGCAAUAGGCAGAUGUGCAACCAACAUCUCAGAAGUGACUGACACAUGUCUUAACGGCCUAGUGUGUUUGCUGUCUAACAGGGAUGAAAUAGUAGUUGCUGAAAGUGUUGUUGUAAUUAAGAAACUGCUGCAGACACAGCCAGCACACCAUGGCGAAAUAAUAAAGCGCAUGGCCAAACUCUUGGACAGUAUUACCGUUCCCGUGGCUAGGGCCAGCAUUCUUUGGCUUACUGGAGAAUACUGUGAACGAGUUCCAAAAAUAGCCCCUGAUGUUCUAAGAAAACUGGCCAAGAGCUUCACUGAUGAAGAUGACCUUGUGAAGCUGCAAAUUUUAAAUCUUGGAGCAAAAUUAUAUUUAACCAACUCAAAGCAGACAAAAUUGCUUACCCAGUACAUAUUAAAUCUCGGCAAGUAUGAUCAAAGCUACGACAUCAGAGACCGUACAAGAUUUAUUAGGCAGCUCAUUGUUCCAAAUGAGAAGAGUGGAGCUUUAAGCAAAUAUGCCAAAAAAAUAUUUCUGGCACAGAAGCCUGCCCCAGUGCUCGAGUCUCCUUUUAAAGAUAGGGAGCACUAUCAGCUUGGUACUUUGUCUCAUACUCUGAACAUGAAAGCCAAUGGCUAUCUGGAGUUGUCUAAUUGGCCAGAGGUUGCACCUGACCCUUCAGUGCGAAAUGUAGAAGUAAUUGAGCCGGCAAAAGAAUGGACUUCAAUACUAGGGAAGGAAAAGAAAAAGAAACACACUGAUGGAAGAUUCUACUCUGAAUCAGAAGAGGAGGAAGAGGAGGAAAGUGAGGAUUCUUCUAGCAGCAGUGACAGUGAGAGUGGAUCUGAUAGUGAACAAGAAAAAAAGGAAGGGGAAGAAGACAGCAGUGAGCAAAGUAGUGAGAGCUCCUCUACUGAAGAUGAUGGUAACAGGAAACCCAAAGCCAAAAGUGGUGUCUCAAAAAAAGGGACUGCAGUUUUAAAGAGUGACUUUGAUGGCACAGAAGAGAAUAAAGUGGAAUGUCAGACAGCUCUAGCUUCAAAUUCAGAAUCUAGUUCGGUUGAGGAAAGUUCUUCAGACUCCAGCUCAGAAUCUGACUCUGAAAGUAGUUUGGAGACUCGAAAAACAGUGCAUACGUCACUUCCUCCCAAGAAAGAAGAGAAAGCUUCACAAGAAAAGAGCGCACCUACUAAGCAAGAUGUGCCACUCUUGGAUUUGGAUGACUUCAGUCCUGUAUCAACUACCACAUCACUCCACAAGCCAACUAUUCUUACUCCUACUUUAGCUGCUGACUUAGAAGGUUUAAGUUUAUCAAGUUCUUCAGUCAUUGAUGUCAGUGUUCCAGCCUUUGUGCCAACAAGAACUCAUGAACUCUUGCACCGAAUGAGUGGGAAAGGAUUAGCAGCUCAUUAUCACUUCUCAAGACAGCCAUGCAUUUACAAUGAUCAGAUGGUAUUUGUCCAAGUGAUGUUGGCUAACACCACUGACCAGAAGAUAGAAAAUAUCCACUUAGGCGAAAAAAAGCUUCCUACUGGCAUGAAAGUGCAUGUGUUUAACCCAAUAGAAUCUCUUGAACCUGGGGAAUCUAUGACAGUCUCAGUAGGGAUUGACUUUUGUGAUUCUACCCAGGCUGCCAAUUUCCAGUUGUGUACCAAAGAUGAUCAGUUCAGUAUUAAUAUUCAACCCCCUGUUGGAGAACUACUUUUACCAGUUACUAUGUCGGAAAAAGACUUUAAGAGAGAACGAGGAAGGUUGACUGGUAUGAAUGAAACAUCCACUACAGUCACUGUUGCACCACAAAAUUCCACUCGUCUUGUAAUAUUGCAGAAGGUGGUAAGCGUAGCAAACCUUGGUGUGGUUCCUUCUGGUGAAGAUAACAUUCACAGAUUUGCAGCUAAAACGGUGCAUAGUGGGUCACUGCUGCUAGUCACAGUGGAGAUGGAAGAAGGGUCUACAGCACAGCUCAUCAUAAACACCGAGAAAACUGUGAUUGGCUCUAUUCUGCUGCGGGAGCUGAAGCCUGUCCUGUCCCAGGGGUAACCUGCUUACAUCUGGACUUCAGAAUCUGGCACACAACAAAAGUGCCUGGCAUCCACUACUGCUGCCUUUCAUUUAUAAUAAUAGCCUUUCCAUCUGGCAGUGGGGGAAGAAUACACUCUUGACAUUCUUGUCUCCUGUUUUAGAAUGCUGUAGUGUGCAUCUAUCACACACAAGCAAGUACUUCACGUCUUUCCCUCUUGCUUGCUUUCUAACCAAAGAAACAUGUAUUUUACUGUCAGCUAAAUUCAUAAAUGUUAUUUACAAGGUGUUUUUCCUAGCCUCAUACUCCUCCUGCUUUCCUCAUUUUCAUGUUUUGUUUUCUCUCAUGAAAACAAUAAAAGACUGAGGAAUAAGGUACUGGGGGGAAAUCAGCUUAAUCAGAACACUAAAAUAAAAUUCAAGGAAAUCAAUAUGGAAAACUACUUCAUGCACCUUCACAGUGUUGAUUGUACUGGAGUGUUUGAGAGAGAUAAAAUUUUGCAGUUUUUAUAUCCCGGAGACUAUCUGCUUCUGUACUUGAGCAUAUAUUUGUAUCUAAUUGUUCCUCAUGGCUGACAUAAUUUUCUAAAAAUUGAGAUUCUAAUAAAGUCAUGUUAUGAUCAA